AGUCGCAAUUUUCGACAUCGCUCUCGCCUCUAGAAAUUCGAACGACGGUCGCUCCUGCCUUUCCUAAACAAAAUGCAAAUUAUGCGAUAAAUAACUCGAUCCGGAAACCACACUCACUUCAGCAACCAUGAACGCCGACGACAUUUCAGACCUUUCCUCUCCUUUAAGCUCGAUACCGAGUUCACCCCUCAGUUCUCCUCCUAGUUCACCGAUCAUCCCGCCUGGCUUUCAGAUUAUCACUCCUCCACCUUCGCAAAAUGCUGGCGACGAUAUGCCCCCGGCACGCAAACGUCGGAAGAUCGAACCACGGAGUCGAACAACGCAACACCUGGACCUUACCUCAGACACUGCGCAAUCAGAAUAUGACCGAACAGAAGCUCUAGAUACCCUGCUCAAGGCUCUGCGAAACAGGCGGAAGAUUGUUGUUAUUGCUGGGGCUGGCAUUUCUGUUUCAGCUGGGAUCCCCGAUUUCAGAUCGUCUCAUGGAUUGUUCCGAAGUCUCAGAGGUGAACACAAACUGAAGAGCUCGGGGAAAAUGCUUUUCGAUGCAUCGGUGUACAAAGAUGACCAUUCCACAUCCAGUUUUCACGACAUGGUACGCAAGCUCUCCAAGAUGUCCGAAAGUGCCAAGCCGACCGCCUUUCACCGUUUCCUCGCCAGACUCUCGGCCGAGGGCCGGUUACUGCGACUUUAUACGCAAAACGUCGAUGGGCUAGAGAGCACCCUUCCGCCGUUGGCAACUCAAGUACCGUUGAACCACAAAGCGCCAUGGCCCCAGACCAUUCAGCUACAUGGUGGUCUCGAGAAAAUGAUGUGUCAGAAAUGUAGACACAUUUCCGAUUUCGAGGCUCAUCUUUUCGACGGACCAAAUCCUCCUCUAUGUCCUCAGUGCGUCGCGGCGGAUGCGCUACGGACGAAGCACGCUGGAAAGCGCAGUCAUGGGGUCGGUAGACUAAGGCCAAGAAUCGUCCUCUACAACGAACACAACCCAGAUGACGAAGCAAUCGGUGCAGUGACCACAGCGGAUUUUCGAACGCGUCCCGAUGCUGUUAUCGUGGUAGGCACAAGCAUGAAAAUCCCUGCCGUGCGAAGGAUCGUGCAUGAAAUGUGCCAAAUCGUUCGAGACCGACGAGAGGGUACAACGGUUUGGAUCAAUCGAGAUCCGGCGCCUCCUGGCAAGGAUCUCGAAAACCUGUGGGAUCUUGUCGUGAAGGGUGACAGCGACGAGGUCGCACGGAUGGCUGGUCUGCGAGAGUGGGACGACCCUAACGUCGAGCUCGUAGAGAAUCACACGACCGCCGACCUGGAAAGAGUCAAAUCGAGCCAAGGACGAAUAGAGGUUGUCAUACCGGCUAGCCCCAAAAAGACCGAAAAGCAGGACGGCGUGGAAGUCAGGAUCGAGAAGCCUGUGCAGAAACUACUUGUCUCUCCAGCGUUACAGGCUGCAACUCCACCACGCAGUCAAAACGGCAACACGCCGACAAAAUCAUCGAAACUACAUCAAUCAAUUACUACCUCUCCCGUACGAAUCAAGCUCAAUGUUACGGCACGAAGCAAAGAAUCGACGCAGACGAAAAAUCCGGCGAGCACCGGCAGGACUAUUGCAGAUGUGCUUGGUGGGAAGGAAAACCGAGGUAACGCCAACAAUAAACCGAAGAAUACACUCAACAAACGGCCGAAAGUCACAAAGAUUAGAGCUUCGACCAAACCUCGCAUACAGCAAGUCAUUUCCGGCAAGAUCACGAAACCAACAGUAUCAGUUAACAUCCCGCAACCAUACAGGAAACCCGCCCCGGAGCCGCUAUCACCCCGAAGAGACUCAAACGAGACUUUGAUUCCUGUGCAGAAAUCGGAGUAUUCCAGUGUCGAGGCCAGUCCUGCGCCGGAAACACCACCUUCGACCAGCGCAGACUGGCAGAAUCCCAUCACCGUAUCUCCUACGGGUCGAAUACCUUCUGAUAUGGUCAGGUUACUGAACUAGAGCUGCCAGGAAUGAGUUCUUGUGCUGCGGUGCUUGGGCAUGCUUCUUGUUGUUGUAGAGGAGAAGAAGGGCAUGCGCGCCCAGGGCUGCAUGAGGCUGCAGGACAGCUUGACCAUCAUUCUACCUAUGCACGAUUGGAGCAUAGUAAGCAUCUUAUCAUAUUUGUACGAUACCCAAAUUAUGCAGAGGCAGAAGAUAUGAUGGUAUUCGAGAGAGUAUCAGUCGUUCCCGAAUAGGAUUCAUUCGGUGAUCUAGUACCAGAUAUCAAAGAUUAAAUUCGUUGACAGCGGGGCUAUAUAUAUAUA